AUGGCUGGGGAGAAGCAGAUGCACAAGAAGAAGGCCCACAAUGGCAGUAGCAGCAGCAGCAGCAGCGGUGCUGGUGGUGCUGGUGGUGCUGGUGGUGCUGGUGGUGCUGGUAAGAGGAAGGACGGCAAGCACAGCAAGCGCAGCAGUGCUGGCCGCGAUUCCACCAACCCAAGCAAGAAGUCCAAGAAGCCCACAGGGGCGCCGGCGCGGAAAAUCGCCAGCACACACAAGGAGCAGAAGGAGCUGAGGAAGCAGCGCAAGACAGAGAGCAACCCUAACUUCACCAUGCUCACAGAAGUCAAGACGUUGUGGGAGAAGGCGCGUCUCAGGCAGCUCCCAGUUCAGGAACGGCAGAAGUACAUUAGUCAGAUCAUGGAGCUCGCACGCGGCAAAUUCAUCGAGGUCGCGUGCCAGCACGAUGCAGCGCGUGUGAUCCAGUCUGUCUUCAAGUAUGGCAACGAGGAGCAGCGCCAGGCCAUCUUCGACGAGCUCAAGGAUCAGGUCAUUCGCCUCAGCAAGAUCAAGUACUCGAGCUUUACCGUCCUCUCCAUGCUCAGACACGGAACACGGAAGCAGCGCGAUCACAUCAUUGAACAGUUUUACGGGCAUGUGCGCAAGCUCAUCCGCCAGCGCGUGCCUGGUGCGGUGCUGGCCACGGCGUACAUCGACUUUGCCUCCGCCCGCCAGAAGGCCGCACUGCUGCAGGAAUUCUACGGUCCGCACUUUGUCCUCUUCAACAUGAAUGGGAAGAAGACGCUGGGCGACUUUCUCGAGGCGCAGCCGGACAAGCAGUCGUUCGUCAUCAAGCGCAUGAAGGACACUCUGGUGCCGCUCAUGGGCAAGGGCAUCUGCGCGCAUCACAUUGUGCACCACGUGCUGCUGGACUUUCUUCGUUACGCGCCCGAGGCCGACAGGAACGAGCUCAUCGACAUGGUCAAGGAGCUCAUUGUCGAAAUGCUGCACACGAAGGAGGGCAGCCAGUUGUCACUGCUUGUGCUCAAGCACACAAAUGCAAAGGACCGCAAGGUCAUUCUUCGUUCCUUCAAACCUUACGUCGACAAGAUUGCCAAGGAGGAGUACGGGCACAUGGUGCUGAUGGGGGUGUUUGACCUUGUUGAUGACACGGUGCUGGUGAAGAAGCAGAUUGUGCAGCCACUCGCGGCCAGCAUCGAUGAAAUCGCCAUGGACCCCUUUGGCAGGAAGGUGCUGCUGUACCUGACUGCCCACCGCUCGCCGCUGUAUUUCCCGCCAGCAACGCUCAAGAUCAUGCAGGAGCUCGACGACAGUCCGUUCAGCAAGAAAGAUCCGUCGAUGCGCCGUGCUGAGCUGCUGAAGAUGGUGUCGUCGACACUGGUGAAGGUUGUCGCUGCCCACGGUCCCGCCCUCGCCCGCAUGGGCCAGACAGGCCUCCUCGUCGUCGAAAUCCUCUCGCAGUGCAAGGGCGACAAAACUGCGGCAUAUGAGGCGAUUGUCGCCGACGCCGUGAAGAAGGAGGACCCCAUCUUUGAGCACGCGUGCGGACACAAAAUCCUCAAGAAGCUUGCUCACGUCGUGGACAACGACACGCCCAAGUCGUUUGCGGCCACGCUGAUGAGCGCCAUUGACGAGAAGAACAAAGUGGAGGCGAUGAUGGCGUGCAACCGGGGCGCGUUUGUGCUGCUGAGUUUGGUGGAGAGCGGAGAGAAGUGCAGCACGCUGGCUGCAGAGGUGCGCUCGCUCGUGCCGCAGCUCGCCGAGGACGACCUCUCUCCUGGCGUCAAGCUCUUGCUUCAGGCGCUGGACGAGCUGAAGGACGGGCGAUUCCCCGGCGGCGAGCUGGCGGGCGGCGCAGCAAUGGGGGAGGAUGAUGAUGAGGAGGAGGAGGAAGAGGAGGAUGAGGAAGAGGGUGAAGAGAAGGGUGACGAUGAGGAAGAGGAAGAGGGUGAAGAGAAUGAGGAGGAGGAGAAUGAGGAGGAGGAGGAUGAUGAGGAGGAUGAGGAUGAGGAGGAACAACAGCAAGAGGAGGAUGAGGAGGAACAACAGCAAGAGGAGGAUGAGGAUGCAGCGAUGGACGAGGAAGAGGAAGAGCCGGCCAAGGAAGAGGAGGAGGAAGAGGAGGAGAAGCCCGAGACGCCCAAGCGGCGUGUGACGCGGAGCGUGGCUGCCACACCGAUGAGCACACGGCGGCGGCGAACACGGGAGGUGACGCCGCCAAAGGUGAACACAAACGAGCUCUCACCACUGCAGACGCGUGCAAGCAGACGUCGCUCCCUCGCCCGCAAGACGCCGAAGAAGACGUGAGGCCGCACUGUGGUGCCGUUGUCAUAGAGCUUCUUCGUCGUGAUGAUGGGGAUGGCUGGCGGUGGUGUUCUGUGGCAUAUGCCGUCGCCUGAGGGAUGGGGGCACGCGAACGUGUUGCUGUUGUUGUUUACUUUUCGAGACAAAGAAGUAAAUUGCUGAUGUACACGAACCUCAGCCACAGUCAAA